AUGGCCGGUUUCUCCUCCUCUGGCUCCGACCCCUUCAUCUCCUCCCGCUCCGGUAGCAGCAACCCCUUCGCCGGCCCCUCCAUCGCCGUCAUCCGCGACAUCCCCAUCGCCGAGCGCGUGCCGGUGACGCUCUCCACCACCGCUGCCAACUUCUUCCCGUGGAAGACGUACUUCGGGUUGCUCUUCCGCGAGUAUGAUCUCCUCGAUCACGUCGAUGGCACCAUCGACCUCCUCGCCAUGCCGCACGAUCCCGAGUGGCUCGCGAUCGACGCCACCAUCAUCCGCUGGUUCUACCAGACCGUCUCCAACGACAUCUUCCGCACCGUCGUCCGCGACGGCGACUCCGCACACACGGUCUGGGCUAAGAUCACCGGCCUCUUCACCGACAACAAAAUUCAGCGGGUCAGCUUCCUCCAGCAGGAGUUCUUCGGCAACCACCAGAACGACCAGUCUCUCGACGAGUACGUCCUAAAGCUGAAGAGCCUCUCCGACGAGCUCCGUGACUUGGAGUUUCCGAUCGAUGACAAGAUCAUGCUCUCCACCCUGUCGGCGGGUCUCGGCGAGGAUCUCAGCAGCGCCGCCUCCAACCUCACGCUCCUCACCACGCCCACCUUCGAGCAGGCCGUGGCCUACCUGCGCCUCGAGGAGCGCCUCCUCAAGCAUCUCCGGGCUCGGGCGGCCCAUACCGCCUGCGUCGCCGGCUUCUCUCGCGGUGCCCAGAUUCCCGCGCCUCGCCCCACCGGUCCGCCGCCAGGUUUCCUCGCAGCCGGUCACCAGGAUGGUCGUACUCGGAUGCUCCUCCAACGAUGUGACAGCCCCGGCGAUCUGUACCCUGUUGGUUCGGCCUCCACUACCGCCAGUAGCCCACUCGCCCUCUCCGAGUAA